CUGGGUGAACUGAGGAAACUGGAGUACAUCUCAGAUGGGGCCUUUGAAGGUCUAGUCAACCUCAAGUAUCUCAACCUGGGGAUGUGCAGCAUUCGAGGGGAGAUGCCCAACCUGACGCCUCUGGUUGGGCUGGAGGAGCUGGAAAUCUCCGAGAACCUCUUUCCUGAGAUUAAACCAGGUUCAUUCAGUGGACUAUCUUCACUCAAAAAAUUAUGGAUCAUGAACUCUCAAAUAGGACUAAUUGAGCGAAAUGCAUUUGAUGACCUGGCCUCUUUGGUGGAGCUGAAUUUGGCCCAUAACAAUCUAAGCUCACUGCCCCAUGACCUCUUUACACCACUGAAAUUCCUGGUUGAACUUCACCUCCACCACAACCCCUGGAACUGUGGCUGCGACUCACUCUGGCUAGCACGCUGGCUACGCGAGUACAUACCCACCAACUCUACAUGCUGUGGGCGUUGUCACUCCCCUGCACACAUGAGAGGCCGCCAGUUGGUUGAGCUGGACCGGGGUGACACCGGGGCAAUGCAGUGCUCCGCCCCUUUUAUCGCAGAUGCCCCAAGAGACCUGAAUAUUUCUGCUGAACGUGUGGCAGAACUGCGAUGUCAAACAGCGGCCAUGUCUGCUGUGCGAUGGCUCCUACCGAACGGGACGGUUCUAACUCAUGCAUCAAGCCACCCACGGAUAACCGUGCUGAAUGAUGGGACUUUGAACUUUUCGAACGUGCUAGCAGGUGACACGGGUAUGUAUACCUGCAUGGUGUCCAACGCGGCUGGAAAUUCCAACGCUUCGGCCUAUCUAAACGUAAGUGCGGCUGAGCUCAACACGUCCAACCUCAGCUACUUUACCACAGUCACAGUGGAGGUGCUGAGCCCCAGAUCUGAAAUGCCCAAGCCCAAAACCACCACGACUACAGCAGGUGCCAGCACCACUACCACGGCCUCGCCAUCCGUCUUUCAGCCAGUUUUCAUCUCUACACCGACAGUC